AUGGCCGCUUCCACAGCUUCGGCGCGCGAUCAGGCGAUCAGCUAUCUCUCCGAUCCCCGCUUCAGCCAGGAACUCACUCUGCCAGCAACUGCAGAUAACCCUGCCCUCACUGUCAGCUAUGCUGACGUUGGCUUCAGCCCCGAAAGCCCGGCUGAUAGUCGCAGUACGCCUACAAUGCUGUUUAUACCAGGCAUGUUUGGCUCCAGAUACAUAGGCGCCAUCUUGGACCCUAUUGCGCGUAAACUCGGCGUUCGUGUCCUAGUAGCUGACCGGCCGGGGAUGGGUCAUUCGACAGAGGUCCCCUUCUCUCUUCGUCUUUCAACCUGGGUCCGGACUGUGCCUCUCCUGCUGGAACAUCUUGGCAUUAAACAUGUCGCCUUGGUUUCCCAUUCCGCUGGGACGAUAUAUCUACUAAACACACUGCACCAUCAUCGUGAGAUACUACACCCGGACCAGCCAUUUGUUGCGCUCCUCGCACCAUGGGUUGACCCUGCGCAUUCCAAGGUUACAUCAAUGCAGAUGAUGCAAUACAUCCCGGCGCAGGCCUUUUCGGUGUGGCAUCACAUUGCGCCUUUACUAGCCACAAGCGGAGUCGUGAUAAAUAAAGCGUCUAGUGUAAUCUCUUCUUCAACGGGCAGUGGCAAAGAUACACCUCAGGAAAGGAAUAGACAAAGGCUAGCUGUCGAAUACGACGUGUCCAGAGACUUUCAGAUUGAAUUGGGGUCGCUUCUUGGUAAGAGAAUAAUGAAAGAAAAUACCGUCGGAGCGAAUAGCGAAGCACUCCUGUGUGCUAGAAAAGGCAAAGGAUGGUCAUGGGGAGAGUGUGAUGAUUACGCUACUUUCGUAGAAACACUCGCCACUGCUGAGAGGCAAAAACACCAGAUGGACUCUGGCACAGAGAGCCAUGGGAAGUUGAAAAUUAGGGCAUAUUUUGCCGAAAAUGAUGUCAUGGUUGGAGUUGGCGGGCAAAAGUAUAUGGAUGACUGUUGGGGGCGUGAAGAGGGCAGUUUUAGCGAUGUUCUUGAUUUCGAUUCAGCCACUAUCGCUGAUACAGAUCACGACAGCCUUGUGCUGUCUGUAGAUAUUUUGGAGAAGGUGUUUGCUGACGCGGGCGGCAGUCUAGCACGCUAA